UUGAACUAAAAGGCAAACAACAGAACAAAGUUGACUCUCCAGCAGCCUCGGUCUUCUGCUGAUCAUAGAACUUCUACAGCCAUGUCGUCGUACAUCUGCCCGCUGUUCCUGCUGCUGUUCCUGCCGUCCACUGCCCACAGUGAGGGCUUCUCCACAGGGCCCAUUGAACUGGCCCCCGUGCCCUGUAACGACAAAAUCGUGGAGAAACUGUCUCGUCUGGCUGUGACCUACAUCAAUGAGGACCGUGAGGAGGGAUACAAGUUUGCCUUGAACCGCGUUGCAAACGUGCACUUGCACGCUCAGGGCCCAGCAGGAAACGUGUAUUACCUGGACUUAGACGUCCUGGAGACCAAAUGUCACAUAGGCAGCCCGAAACCAUGGAAACGCUGUGACGUCAGACCAUUCAUGGAAACGCAAAUCUCCGGUAAUUGCAACACCACAGUCCUGCACACACCAGAGGGCUAUUCAUACCUGUACAGCUACGACUGCACGCUGGUGCCAGAUCCUCCAGGGACGCUGCAGCAGGUCUGUCCAACCUGUCCCCUCCUGCUCCCCACAGACAGCCCACAGGCUGUGCACUCUGCUCACCUCACCUUAGCAUCAUAUAAGAGACGCUCCACGCUUGGUGUAGGUCUCGGAAUAAAAAUGAUCACCAGAGCUGCAGCUCAGACUGUGCCAGUGAAAACCAGUUUUGUGGAGUUCACCGUCCAGCAGUGUCCAGAGGGGGCGACGCAGAGAGGCCACUGCCAGAAAUUGUCACCGCUUUCUGACACAGAGACUGCAGGUUUCUGUACAGGAUCAGUCCAUGGGGAGUUGUACCACCAACCUGAUAUCAGAGUUUCCUGUGAGAUGUACAAAUUACAGAACGUGGACAUCCACAGACCUAUACAGCCGCAGGGUCACAAUCUCCCACGUGAACCUCUGAGCCCGGCAUCCCCUCCUCUGAUCAGUGACCCAGGAAAUGACCCACAGCCUGCUCCGUCUGACCCAACAUCAUUCCCUGCUGUUCAGCCGGCACCUUUUGACCCCACACCCACUGACCCCGCUCCCUUUAACCCCUCUUACCCAAUCACAUCGUCCUCCAGCGAGUCCUCUGAAAGGUUGGGCUACAAACGGCAGCCUCCGUCGGUUGCUGGGGUAUUUGAUUCAUCCUCUGAGGAGGUCGGGGGCCCGGUGGCUCGGCGUCCGCCCUUUAACUUCCGCUACCAGAGACGUGACCGCAGGAAACGGCAGGCCUUGAUGGAGACUCCGGCUACUCACAGCCCAGCAUUCCUGUCUGAUUUCCCCAGUAGCCUGUCUCCUUUCCGAUCCUGUCCCGGUCCUGCUCGAUACACCACCGUUUAACUAAGGAAAACCAUUUGUUCUACUUUAAUUUUUCCACAGAGACGGUGAAGCUGGAAAUGGCUCUGCUCCCUGUCACUGGAGGCUUCUAUUAAUUUGUGCUAAUGAGAAAAAUACUAUCUAGUUUCCUUGGCCCUGGAAUGACCCCGCUGCAAGUGCUCAUAAAGCAACCACAGCUUAAUCCUAUUCAUUUGAAGAUGGUGGUAAAUUAUAGAUGAUCAUAAAUAUAUUCUGGUGUUAUUAUCUGUUUGUGAGGCUUAUACUUAACCUAAUAACUUCAACAAUAUUCUUACUCUUGUGGAAGGAAAAUAGUUAGGAUUUGAAAUAGUUUUGUUGGAAGAAAUGAUGAGCUAAUUAAAAGUCAGCUCUUUAUAUUCUAAUCAAAUAUUUAACUUACUGAUUUGUUCACAUGUAAAUUCCAUAAAUGUAGCUUUUUAACAUCUGUUGUGAUUUAUAUUUUAUAUAAAUUGAAUAUAAUUGGC